GCGUUCAGUUCACGUCCACACGCGGUUGAGUGACGCACUGGGAAACUUGUGUGAGAUCUCGUCCUGAUAAAAGGUGUUAUCAUUUGAUUAUCAUAACUUUAUUUAGUUCCAUUCAAGGGAGCCUCGCGCGAGGUAGUGUAUGGCAGAGCAUACAGAAAGUGGUUAGUAUGCGCGAAGGGAAGCAGAAAGCUGAAAGAAAACAUUAGUUGCUGAAGUCUCAAGCACAAAUGGGAAGUGCCUUGUCUCAAGAUACAGACUGCAUUGAAUGAACAGAAUAAUAGAUUUUGCAGGGAGAGUCGACGCCGAAAUAUUUCAUGGUACAUGAACUGUGUCAGAUACACACAGUAUUGAUAGAUUCGUUUUAGUUCAACAUACAUGAGGCGAUCGCUGCAAUGGGCCGAUUCGAAACCAACAAGAGCGACGACAACAACAACGAUGGGAGUUUUCACUGCAUACUUUGCUGCACAAAGCACGAAACUCGACAGGCAUUUGCUCAGCACAAAACUACGAAAGAUCAUCAAGUGAAGUGGCUGAAAUUCUGGUACCAAAGGAAUAAGAGUCCAAAGAACUUUAGAAGUUUACAUCAAGAACACCAGUGAAUUCAAUAUAAUUUUGGCAAACAUCAGUUUACUUCACGAAUGUGAUGCAAUCUGCCUUGUAGACGAACAUGGGGUGACUAGAGAUGAAAGGUAUAUCAGGUUACUUCCAGGUGUAGAUUACAUAGUUGAGUGUCAAAUACAAUUGGAUGAUGUAGGAGUAGAGCAAGUUCCCAUCGCUUUUCACCUCUAUCCUGAGUAUAUUAAAAAAGAUUUCUACAUUGUUAGGACACUGCAAGCAAAUGGAGUAGACCAAAUUGCCUCGGAAAGUGGUCCCACGUCACUGUACAAGAGAAAUUUACAAACUUACAAUAUCAUUAGGGAUUUUGAAGGCUAUGUUCCUGGAAUUCGACCUAUUGAUGACAGUAAUGAUGCUUUGCCAAAAUGUUUGCCAAUUUAUGACUCCAAAUAUGAAGAAUCCUUGAAGAAAAUUGUGGAAUGCAAAUUUGUUCUGAAGAAAAUUCCUGCUCAUUUCCGACAUGAAGCCAAGAAAAUCAAGGAUAUGCUUGCUUAUGGUUUGAAUGAAAAAAGUCAUCAGGACUGGUUCAAAGUGUUACUUUGGAUGGAAGAGAUGCAGAUGGAGAUUGACAUAACUUACUACAAUAUGAGAGAUGCUAAACUGAAAGAAGUAUCGCAACAAGAGUAUUCAAAAGUUAGAUGUGUAGAAUUAAAGGUUCCUGGACUAGCAGAAAAACGACCAUCUGUCUUAAGAGGUGACAAUGUAUACAUCACCGAUGACUCGGUGGCUCGGGGCUAUGUAGGAUGUGUCCACCAAGUAAAUGAAAAGUCCAUUUACAUUGCACUGUCAUCAGAGUUUAUGCAUGACUUCAUUGAUGGCAAGAAAGUAGACGUAGCAUUCUCCUUUUCUCGCCAUUGUCUGAAACUUUGCCAUCGCGCUUUGGCUCUUGCUGAGGAAUUUAGAAUGAUGCAUUUCAUCUUCCCAAAGCCUUCAAGAAUUCUAGUUAAUCCUGUUCAAGAUAUUUUGUUAUUUAACAGGAAACUUGAAGAAAAUAGAGAGCAGUUGGAAGCUGUGCGUAACAUCAUCUCAGGAGCCUCAAAGCCAGCACCUUAUAUUGUGUUUGGGCCUCCAGGUACCGGGAAGACAGUCACAGUGGUAGAGGCAAUAAAGCAGAUAUAUAAACGUGAACCCAACAGCAGAAUUCUGGUAGCUGCUCCCUCAAAUGCUGCAUGUGACAAUAUAACAGGAAAACUAUUAGAGCAUAUAUCCAGAAGGCAUGUGUUCCGGAUGCAUUCAAAAUCCAGAGAAAUCUCCUCCAUUCCUCUUAAUGUGAAAUGUGUGUCCAACGUUGUUGGAAAUGAAGUGUAUUUCCCUUCUGAUGUAAGGCUUUUGGAAUAUCGAGUUGUCAUCUGUACACUUAUUACAGCUGGAAGAAUUGCAACAGCAGCUUUACCCCCAGGGAGCAUAUCAUAUGCAUUUCUGGAGGAGUGUGGACAAGCCAUGGAACCUGAGGCUUUAGUAGGUGUGUGCGGUGUAUUAGGCACAGAUGGCCAGCUGGUACUCUCUGGGGAUCCUCAUCAGCUUGGCCCUGUCAUCAGAAACACACUUUGUUUUUCUGAAGGAUUCCUGUUCAGAGGCAAAGGAUUGGACAAGUCAUACCUGGAAAGGCUAAUGGAGUUAGAGAUGUACAAACCAGUACCAGGGAACAGACGUUUUGUAACAAAACUACUGAAGAACUAUCGAUCACAUGAAGAUAUUCUUAGGCUGCCCAAUGAAAUGUUCUACCAGUCUGAACUCCAGGCCUGUGCAGAUCCAGUUUACGUUACAUCUUUAUGCAAUUGGGAGCACUUGCCCAAAAGUGGCUUUCCUCUGAUUUUCCAUGGUGUGAAGGGGAAAGAUGAGCGACAGGGGAACUCUCCUAGCUUCUUCAAUGCCCAGGAAGUAUCACAAGUGAUGGACUAUGUUAACAAGCUCAUAAACACAAGACACAAUAAAGUUUUGCCCAAGGAGAUUGGAAUCAUCACGCCUUACAGACAGCAAGUGACAAAGAUUAGUAUGCAACUCCACAAAGUCAAAGACGGCAGUGACAUCAAAGUUGGCUCGCCAGAAGAAUUUCAAGGUGAUGAACGCCGCGUUAUUAUCAUUUCAACUGUCCGGUCAAAUGCAGACAAAUUGGCCUUUGACCUGAGGCACCAGCUUGGAUUUCUUAGAAACUGCAAGAGGUUCAAUGUCUCUGUGACAAGAGCAAAGGCCCUUCUGAUUGUUGUUGGCUGUCCAGAGAUCCUCAGCCUGGAUGAGCACUGGGGAAGACUGCUCAAUUUCAUAGUAGAAAAAGGAGGCUACUGUGGGAAGGAAUAUUUCCCUGAUGGCAAUAAACGCAUAGACCAGAGCAUCCUUAACAAAUUUAAGGAAGUUGGUCUUCCUCCAGAAAAUUGCAACGAAUAUAGUGCUCGGAUGAAAGCAGAAGAACCAACCUGGGGUGAAGAGUAGUGACUCCCUCCCUUGAUUUCAUCAUCUUCUUGGUUCUAUCUCCCCAAUGCAUUUUGUAGCAUAUUGCACCAAGUUGUAAUGUGAUGUAAAGGAAGUUUAUAUCGUUGUAGGAACAUAUGAUUGUAAAAGUUUCAUAUAUCAUUAAUGAUGUGCUCAGUUAUACAUUGUAUGUUUUAUAUUGAUUAUAUGUUGCAUAGCAGAUGGAUUUUUUUUUUUUUUUUUUUUUUUUUUUUUUUUUUUUUUUUUUUUUUUUUUUUUUUUUUUUUAUAUCUAGGAGACAGGAAAUGCUAUUGAUAUACACUAGAGUUACAAGAAAAUGUAUGUUAUUUCCAAUUUGCACCAAAGGUUGAAUUUAUCCAAUUAUACUCUCAGAAACAAACUUGCACUUCAUAGGACAAUUAUGGAACUUGUUUCGUCAGUGGGUAUGUUGUCAAAACAAUAGAAAAGGAAUGAUAUGGAAAAAAGGAAUGUAAUUAUAAAUUCACUCAGGGCACUAGUAUGACUGUGAAAAAAUUAUAAUACAAGAUGUGAAAAAUGAAUAAGCUUAACCAUUACAAAUAUGAGGUUAUGACAACUGCAGUAUUAAUAGCCUUGUAGAUAGUGAGAAACAGAUCAUUGUGCCUUAAUUAAAUGUAAAACAAUCUGUUACUGAUACAGUAACAUAUCUACACACACUUACACACACACACACUUACACACACUUACACACACUUACACACACACACACUUACACACACACACACU